AAGGGAGGGUGAGCUCGAUGGGGUUACAAGCCGUGUGUAGGCUUCAGGAGGCAGGGCUGCCUGCUCUAAAGAAUCAUUCUUGGAGUUAGGUAUUUAAGAAUCCUCUCUGCCUUGACUUCCAGUCUGUAAAAUGAUGACUGAGGUGAGCCCUUCUUGGCAGUGAGUGCAGAGUUCUGGGGAGACAUUGCCAAGGAAUUUUACUGGAAGACCCCAUGCCCUGGCCCGUUCCUUCAGUACAACUUUGAUGUGACUAAAGGAAAAAUCUUCAUUGAAUGGAUGAAAGGAGCAACUACCAACAUCUGCUACAAUGUACUGGAUCGAAAUGUCCAUGAGAAAAAACUUGGAGAUAAAGUUGCUUUUUACUGGGAGGGCAAUGAGCCAGGGGAGACUACCCAGAUCACAUACCAUGAGCUUCUGGCCCAAGUGUGUCAGUUCAGCAAUGUUCUCCGAAAACAGGGCAUUCAGAAGGGUGACCGAGUGGCCAUUUACAUGCCUAUGAUCCCAGAGCUUGUGGUGGCCAUGCUGGCGUGUGCUCGCCUUGGGGCUUUGCACUCCAUUGUGUUUGCAGGCUUCUCUGCUGAGUCUCUGUGUGAACGGAUUCUGGAUUCCAGUUGCAGCCUUCUCAUCACUACAGAUGCCUUCUACAGGGGGGAAAAGCUUGUGAACUUGAAGGAGCUGGCUGACGAAGCCCUGGAGAAGUGUCAGGAAAAGGGUUUCCCAGUGAGAUGCUGCAUUGUGGUCAAGCACCUGGGCCGGGCAGAACUGGGCAUGGGUGACUCUCCCACCCAGUCUCCCCCAAUUAAGAGGCCAUGCCCAGAUGUGCAGGGUAAACGGAAAGAGACAUCCAAGCAUGUCCGACCCCAGAUCUCAUGGAACCAAGGAGUUGACUUGUGGUGGCAUGAACUCAUACAAGAGGCAGGGGAUGAGUGUGAGCCUGAGUGGUGUGAUGCAGAGGACCCACUCUUCAUCCUGUACACCAGUGGCUCCACAGGCAAACCCAAGGGUGUGGUUCACACAGUUGGGGGAUACAUGCUUUAUGUGGCAACAACCUUCAAGUAUGUGUUUGACUUCCACGCAGAGGAUGUGUUCUGGUGCACAGCGGAUAUUGGCUGGAUCACAGGUCAUUCGUACGUCACCUAUGGGCCACUGGCCAAUGGUGCCAGCAGUGUUUUGUUUGAGGGGAUCCCCACAUACCCGGACGUGAGCCGCCUAUGGAGCAUUGUGGACAAAUACAAGGUGACCAAGUUCUACACAGCGCCCACAGCCAUCCGCCUACUCAUGAAGUUUGGAGAUGAGCCUGUCAGCAAGCAUAGCCGGGCAUCCUUGCAGGUGUUAGGCACAGUGGGUGAACCCAUCAACCCAGAGGCCUGGCUGUGGUACCACCGGGUGGUAGGUUCCCAGCGUUGCCCUAUUGUGGAUACCUUCUGGCAAACAGAGACAGGUGGCCACAUGCUGACUCCCCUCCCUGGUGCCAUACCCAUGAAGCCUGGUUCUGCUACCCUCCCAUUCUUUGGUGUAGCUCCUGCAAUCCUGAAUGAGUCUGGGGAAGAACUGGAAGGUGAAGCUGAAGGCUAUCUGGUGUUCAAGCAGCCCUGGCCAGGGAUUAUGCGCACAGUCUAUGGGAACCAUGAACGCUUUGAGACUACCUACUUUAAGAAGUUCCCUGGUUACUACAUCACAGGAGAUGGCUGCCGGCGGGACCAGGAUGGCUAUUACUGGAUCACUGGCAGGAUUGAUGACAUGCUCAAUGUAUCUGGACACCUACUGAGCACAGCCGAGGUGGAGUCAGCACUUGUGGAACAUGAGGCUAUUGCAGAGGCAGCUGUGGUGGGUCACCCUCAUCCUGUGAAGGGUGAAUGUCUCUACUGCUUUGUCACCCUGUGUGAUGGUCAUACCUUCAGCCCCACACUCACCGAGGAGCUCAAGAAGCAGAUUAGAGAAAAGAUCGGUCCCAUUGCCACACCAGACUACAUCCAGAAUGCACCUGGCUUGCCUAAAACCCGCUCAGGGAAAAUCAUGAGGCGAGUGCUUCGGAAGAUUGCUCAGAAUGACCAUGACCUGGGAGACACGUCUACUGUGGCUGACCCAUCUGUCAUCAGUCACCUCUUCAGCCACCGCUGCCUGACCAUCCAGUGAACAAGACCCUAUCCUGCCCUUGCUUGGCUCUCCAAAAUUUUGCCUAUCCUUUCUGCUCCCCUCCUCAGGAGUGCUGAGGGCCAGUGCUGACCCACACUACACCUCUCUUGACCAGCUAUCUGGGACUGGAAACCAACUUUGUCUUUGGGAGGAGACAAAUUCCUGGGACUGCCAGGCAGAAGGGAAAGGACCCAGGUCAUUCUCAGACUGCUGUGCCCCAGACAGCAAAGAGCACUCAGAGCCUAAAACAGGGAUGUAAAGGCUACCUCUUCAACCCAGGUUAAGUGUUCUGAGGGCAUGUGAGAGCCUAGAACAGCUGUGUAAUCCUAUGUCAGCUCUCUCAGAAAGCACCUGUACUUAUAUUGGGCAUGCUCUUGCCUUUAGAAACAACGGUUUGUGAGUCCAGGAGCAAUUGAUUAUUAUUUUUUAAAGAUUUUGCUGCUUCUCUUCUGAGUCUGAAUUCUCUUUUGUGCCAGAUGGCAGUACUUUCUGCUCAUUUGCUCCAAGGGUUCGGUGGGCAGGUUCAGUCUCCAGCGGGUUUUCAGCUUUUCUUCUUUCAAGGAGUAAUGUGUCUUGUUUCUAGGAUCAGAAGAGCUUGUCUUCCUUAUCCUCUGUUCCUACCCUCCCCGAACAAAGUCCUGCCCACGAGACACUCUUUUCUUGUCCCAGUUAUGCUCAAGCCCUCUGGUUGUGGGAAUAAAGUCUGUGACCUCAA